AUGGUGAAACGUCGCACAAGAAAGGUCGCUGUCGACGCUGAUUUGAUUAAAAAAUCAUCAAGAUUACUAAAACACAAACAGUUAGACAAGGAACAAAAAGAAGCAUACACAUUACAUAGUAGAACAUUAAUCCGGUAUAAACGUUUAAGUAUUAAUGUAUAUAAAUGUAAUACGCAAUGGAGUAUUGAUUUAGCCGAUUUGAAUAAUUUAUCAGGUUUUAAUAAUCAAUAUCGUUAUUUGCUUGUGUGUGUUGAUGUGUAUUCACGUUAUGCGUUUGUAAAACCUUUGAAAACAAAAUCGGCUAAAAAUGCCGCCAAUAAAUUUGAACAAAUUCUCAUCGAAGAAGGUGAAAUUCCUUUGAAAAUACAAAGUGAUGAGGGUACCGAAUUUACAUUGAUCAAAAGAGAUUUGGCAAAAAAAUAUGGUUUUACCCUAUUUCACACAUACAAUCAGGAAAACAAAAGCGUACACGCUGAACGAUUUAUUGAAACAAUAAAAGCCAUGAUAACACGUUCCCUAACAACUCUGAAUCAGGGUUAUAAUUAUAUUAAAAAUUUGCAAUUGAUUGUCGAAAGAUAUAACGAGUCACCACACAGAGGUAUACAUAAUCUUACACCGAUUGAUGUGUAUAAGAAGGGUAAAACAGUUGAUGAUUUUCAUAGGUUAAAAAGUAUUCUUAAUAACAGCAAGCCAACGCGCCGAUUACUAAAACAAGGGGAUGUUGUACGUAUCGCGCGAAUAAAAAAUAAUAUUUUUGAAAAAUCAAGUUUACGACGUUGGGUCAUGGAACUUUUCCGUGUUAAAAAAGUCUUCAUUACCGACCCUGUAACAUACGGUCUUGAGGACUUAAAAGGGGAAGAGAUCAAGGGAAUCUUUUAUCGUGACGAGUUAUUGAAAUUAUGCUGA